ACAAAAAAAAGCCACUUCUUCUCGUCCUUCUUCUUCUUCCACUUCUUCACCUUCUUCACCUUUCCUUUUGUAUUUUCCUCACGAAUUGCGUUUUUCCACUGAUUGACCAUCGGAGGAAAGCGAUUUCCCUUUCCUUCUCCGAAUCCGAUUUCUCGAUUCCAGAGAAAGCGCCGAUAGUUCUGAUUCCCUUUUCGAGUCUUCAUUCAUGGAGUUCCGGAGAUCGGAUUCCGCGACGAGGCUGUUUCUAGGGUUUCUGGUUCUGUCCUUGGCGCCUCUGUCGCUUCACGCGAGGUUCGUCGUCGAGAAGAACAGCUUGAGGGUGACGUCACCCGACCGAAUCAGAGGCACUCACGACAGCGCCAUUGGAAACUUCGGGAUUCCUCAGUAUGGUGGAAGCAUGGCCGGGAAUGUCGUUUACCCUAAAGAUAAUCAGAAAGGUUGUAAGGAGUUCUCUGACUAUGGGAUUUCGUUCCAAUCGAAGCCCGGAGCUCUUCCGACCUUCGUUUUGGUCGAUCGCGGAGAUUGCUUCUUUGCUUUGAAGGUCUGGAAUGCCCAGAAGGCAGGAGCAUCAGCUGUUCUUGUUGCUGAUGACAUGGAGGAAGCACUGAUUACAAUGGACUCUCCUGAAGAAGAUGGUUCAACUGCCAAAUACAUUGAGAACAUUACAAUCCCAUCAGCACUCAUUGAAAAAAGUUUUGGUGAAACAUUAAAGAAAGCGAUCAACUCUGGGGAUAUGGUGAAUGUAAAUCUGGAUUGGAGAGAAGCUGUUCCACACCCGGAUGAUCGUGUGGAGUAUGAACUGUGGACCAAUAGCAAUGACGAAUGUGGAGUUAAAUGUGAUAUGCUGAUGGAAUUUGUGAAGGAUUUUAAGGGUGCGGCUCAGAUUCUUGAGAAAGGUGGCUAUACUCAAUUCACACCGCAUUAUAUUACUUGGUAUUGUCCUGAAGCGUUUACCUUGAGCAAACAGUGCAAAUCUCAGUGUAUCAAUCAUGGAAGAUACUGCGCUCCUGAUCCUGAACAGGACUUCAGCACAGGUUAUGAAGGGAAAGACGUGGUUCUGGAAAACCUAAGGCAGCUUUGUGUUUUUAAAGUGGCAAAUGAGUCCAAGAAGCCUUGGGUCUGGUGGGACUAUGUCACUGAUUUUCAAAUUAGAUGUCCUAUGAAGGAGAAGAAGUACAACAAGGAUUGUGCUAAUGCUGUCAUUCAAUCUCUUGGGCUUAAUGCCAAAAGCAUAGAGAGGUGCAUGGGAGACCCUCAAGCAGACUCUGACAAUCCUGUUCUGAAAGAAGAGCAAGAUGCUCAGGUCGGGAAGGGAUCAAGAGGUGAUGUGACCAUAUUGCCUACUCUUGUUGUCAAUAACAGACAAUACCGAGGAAAAUUGGAGAAAGGUGCUGUUCUGAAGGCUAUCUGUUCAGGUUUUGAGGAAACCACAGAGCCAACUGUUUGUUUGAGUGGUGAUGUGGAAACAAAUGAGUGCUUGGAGAGCAAUGGUGGUUGCUGGCGGGAUAAAUCAGCCAAUCUCACUGCCUGCAAGGACACAUUCCGUGGGAGAGUAUGCGAGUGUCCUGUGGUUGAUGGGGUGCAGUUCAAAGGAGAUGGUUAUACUACCUGCGAAGCAAGUGGGCCUGGAAGAUGCAAGAUCAAUAAUGGUGGGUGUUGGCAUGAAGCUCGAAAUGGGCAUGCAUUCUCUGCGUGCACUGAUGAUGGGGAGGUCAAAUGCAAGUGUCCUCCUGGAUUCAAAGGUGAUGGUGUCCACAGUUGUACAGAUAUUGAUGAAUGCAAAGAGAGGAAAGCCUGUCAGUGCUCUGAAUGCAGCUGCAAAAAUACAUGGGGAAGCUAUGAAUGCUCUUGCAAUGGCGAUUUACUGUAUAUCAGGGACCACGACACCUGCAUAAGUAAAACUGCUAGCGAGACACGAUCUGCUUGGGCCAUUGUUUGGGUUAUUUUGAUAGUGGGUAUGGCUGCUGGUGGGGCAUAUCGUGUCUACAAAUACAGAUUAAGGUCAUAUAUGGACUCGGAAAUCAGAGCUAUAAUGGCGCAGUAUAUGCCUCUGGACAGCCAAGCAGAAGUUCCGAAUCAUGUCAACGAGGAACAUGCAUGAAAAAGAAAUCGCCAUUUGUAAUCUUCGAAGAACUUCAUGUGAUGAAACUGUGGAUGUGUACCGUGAAAAUACCUUUCCUCAUCGAGACACAGAAUUUUGAGUGUGAUCUUAUAGAUGCCUGUAACAUAUGUUGGACAAUAAGUUAAUGCAGAUUUGAAAAUGUCCGCCGUUUAUUAGGACUCCAAUAUGCACAGGACAGUUGAAGGAAUUGACUUGGAGAAGGGGCAAAGAUUGAAUGGAAGGGAGUUUACCAUAACGUCCAAAUUUUCACUACAAUCAUGAUACUUGUCCAUUUAUUAAAAGUGCAAUUCUGUAAUUUACUAGCUUCUUAGGACAGGUUGAACUUCAUGUCAUAACUAAAUUUCAUUGAUUUAAAGACAGUUUUUCCUUUUCUUUUUU